UAUAUGCUGAGACUCAGAAAGAUAAUCGCUCCAUUGGGCUGAAGCAGAGCCGAAAGGGCAGAGGCCAAGAAGAAGAGAGUAAAGUGUAACUAGAAAAGCUGAAUCCUUUCUGUUAGUGAAACAAACUUGAAGUGAAACAGCCAGAUGGAGCGUAUGGGUUUACAAACAGAAGAGAUUGUCAAAAGGAGUACCCUUAAGAAAUAUAAGAUACUAUGUGCUGUUCUUUUGGCUUGUCUUGUGAUUGUGGCUCUUGGACUAGGUUUGGGAUUUGGACUGAAGAAAACUGUGCAAGUGAGCUGUAGAUACAGAUGCAAUGAGACAUUAAGUAAAUCAACUGCUGGCUGUAGCUGUGAUGACAGGUGUAAAGAACGUCAAGACUGCUGCUGGGAUUAUGAGGAGACCUGUGUUAUGCCAACUCAGAGUUGGUCUUGCACUAAAGCACGCUGUGGCGAGACACGGAUGUCCAGAAGUUUCUGCUCCUGUUCUGAUGACUGCUUGGAUAAAACAGAUUGUUGCACGGACUACAAAAGUGUUUGUAAAGGAGAAAUACCCUGGCAAAAUGAGGCAUGCACUUCUUUAAAUGCUGCUCAGUGCCCACCAGGGUUUGAUCGGUCGCCACUUAUUCUUUUUUCCAUGGAUGGCUUUAGGGCAGAAUAUUUGGAAACAUGGAGCGCUUUACUGCCAAACCUUGAAAAACUCAAAAAAUGUGGGACAUAUUCAAAGUACAUGAGAGCUGUUUAUCCGACCAAAACUUUCACAAAUCACUAUACUAUAGUUACAGGUUUAUAUGCAGAAUCCCAUGGUAUCAUUGACAACAGUAUGUAUGAUGUAAAUUUAAACCAGAACUUCUCACUUUCUGGGACAUCCAAGUCAAAUCCUGCCUGGUGGAGUGGACAGCCUAUCUGGCAUACAGCGAUGUAUCAAGGUUUGAGAGCUGGCACUUACUUUUGGCCUGGAUCUGAUGUUAAAAUCAAUGGUACAUUCCCAAAUAUAUAUAUGAUGUAUAAUGGAAAAACUGCAUUUGAAGCAAGAGUUUCAGAGCUGCUGAACUGGCUUGACCGCCCCAAAUCUGAGAGGCCUGAUUUCUAUACACUGUAUAUUGAGGAACCUGAUAAAGCUGGACACUCAUUUGGACCAGUUAGUGGUGGAACAAUUAAGGCCUUGCAAUUGGCAGACCGGACCCUGGGAAUGUUAAUGGAAGGCCUAAAGCAGAGAAACUUACACAAUUGUGUCAACCUCAUAGUUCUGGCUGAUCAUGGCAUGGAUAAGACAUUCUGCAACCAGAUGGAAUAUAUGACAGAUUAUUUUGAUAAAAUUAAUUUUUAUAUGUAUGAAGGACCAGCACCUCGAAUCCGAGCAAGAAAUAUUCCAAAGGAUUUCUAUACCUUUGAUUCAGAAGGAAUUGUUAAAAACCUUACAUGCCGAAAGCCGUAUCAGCACUUCAAACCCUACUUGACUCAGAAUUUACCAAAGCGAUUGCAUUAUGUCAACAACAUUCGUAUUGACAAAGUUCAUCUUAUGGUGGAUCGGCAAUGGUUGGCUGUGAGGUCUAAAAGUUAUACAUUUUGUGGUGGUGGAAACCAUGGCUAUGACAAUGAAUUCAAAAGUAUGGAGGCAAUCUUUGUAGCCCAUGGGCCAGGAUUUAAAGAAGAGACUGAAGUACAGCCUUUUGAAAAUAUUGAGGUUUACAAUUUAAUGUGUGAUUUGCUUAAGAUUAAACCGGCCCCGAACAAUGGAACACAUGGAAGCCUGAACCACCUUCUAAAAGUUCCUUUCUAUAAUCCAUCACAUGAAAAAGAGGUGUCACCUCCAUCUUUGUGUCCUUUUGCCACCUCUUCAUCUUCACAAGCUUCAGGAUGCAGCUGUGACUCUAUACAAGAUUUAGAUGCAGUGAAUCAAAGGCUAAACCUUGACGAUAAAGCACAAACAGACUCCGAAUCUUAUAAUUUGCCUUAUGGUAGACCCCGUGUUCUACAGCAGCAGAGUACCCAUUGCCUCCUUUACCAGCAUAAAUAUGUGAAUGGCUACAGUCAAAAUAUCCUGAUGCCACUAUGGAGUUCAUAUACUGUUAGCAAAUCACCGGGAGAUGCACCUUCUCUCCCUCCCACUGCUCCAGACUGUCUGCGGCUUGAUGUUCGAAUCCCUGCAGCUCAGAGCCAAAACUGCUCCAACUACCAGCCAGACCUGAACAACAUCACCCACGGUUUCCUCUACCCUCCCAACUUGAAUUCAUCUGAUUUUGAACAAUAUGAUGCUUUGCUUACCAGCAAUAUUGUCCCCAUGUAUAAAGAAUUCAAAAGAAUAUGGGAUUAUUUCCAUAAUACUCUUCUUCAAAAAUACAUUACGGAGAGGAAUGGACUGAAUGUGAUCAGUGGGCCUAUUUUCGAUUAUGAUUCUGAUGGACACUUUGAUUCAUUGGAUAUUAUUACACAGCACAUGACUGACAUGCAGAUUCCCAUCCCAACCCAUUACUUUAUUGUGUUGACAAGCUGUGAGAAUCAAACCAACACACCACUGAAUUGCUCAGGCACAUUGCAAGUCUUGUCUUUUAUUCUUCCUCAUCGUCCUGACAACUCUGAAAGCUGUGCUGAAAACCUGCCUGAGUACCUGUGGGUAGAAGAGAGAAUGCAGGCACAUGCAGCACGGGUCCGUGAUGUAGAGCUGCUGACAGGUCUGGAUUUUUACCAAGGGAGAAAUCAACCUCUGCCUGAAAUUCUGCAACUGAAGACAUUUCUGCCCACCUUUGAAACUCUUAUUUACUGAAUGUGUGUGUAUGCAUGGGUGUGCGUGCAAGUGGAAUUUACUAGGAAAAGUAAUAUCUUGUGGGACCAGUCCAAAGGCAUUGUUAAACCAUUCCUUCAUUCCCUCUUUAAUAGUGUUUUGUGGAAAGAAAAAAGAUGGAAGAUGUAGUCAGCAGAUAUGGGAGGGUUACAUGUGGAUGAUAAUGAUAUCUGUGAAAUGAACGUGCAAGGCAAUUGCACAAUUAAAACGUAAUCUUGAAAACACACUGAAUUAAAAUAAGUAUCUUUUUGUUAGCUCAAAGAAUCCAUUAGAUUCAUAAAUCAAUUUCUGAUCAUUAGUUUAUUAGGACAGAAAAAGAAGUACAGAGGAAAAAAUUGUUCACCAAUCCUCACCAUCCAAAUCCCAUUUUCUGCAUGUAUCCUCCAGUUUGUUUCCUCUCACCCCCCCCCACCUUCCCCUCCCCCUCCUUCCCCUUUAUGUUUCAUAAGACCAGGACUUCUGACCACAUGAAACUAUUAGCAUAUACAAAAUAACACAGAGAUUGCAAGACUGUUGUACAUUUUUAAAAAAGCAUAAUGUAUAAUAAAGGCAGCUGGAAUUACAAACAAUAAUAAAUGUUUGUAUAAUUUUUACA